CCUUCCUCCCCCUGCCAUCAGCCAUUUGUCGACAUCCGAAGUCUAUCUCGCUACAUCUCGGAAGCAGAAUGUCCUCUGGCCCUGGAUUUGCACAAUCACCCGGCUUUCCCAUGCAAGCUAACGUCUUCCCCGCCUACGCGGACGGCAAACUGCCAGACCAGCAGCCGCAGGACGCGCAGAACCAGGGACAGCAGGUCCAGGGCGACUCGAACUCGCCGAAGAUGUUCAUGGAGAAUUUGGAGACGAUCCAGACGAGCUUCCUUGGCGAGGUGCUGCAGGUGUCGCGCAUGGUUCUGGAUGGCAUGCAGAAUGCUUACCACAAGGGAAAUAGCCCAUCGAAGAGCACAGCCUACAUUCAGGCGCUGAGGGGCCAACUCGAGUUCCUUGCCAGACUGCUGCUACAUUCCGGCGUUGGAGGAUUGCCUGUCGUGAACAGGGCAUCUACAGAUCCUCCGACAAUAUUUACCGAGGCGCAGCUGGAGGCCAUGACGAAAGAAUCCAUUGACCGGCUAUACGAGCAGUUAGAUCGCUCGCACAGGGCUGCUGGCGCUGUGGCGAGCCUGAUUGACGCACCCUUGCAAGAGCCAGUCAACCGAACUCAGUAACCAAACAAGCGAAUUGCUCAAGUCAUGCAAUCCGCGAGCAUGUCGUUAUGCUGACGCAGUACCGGAUAACUCCAUGGCCUGUAAGGCCUCUCAGGCUUGCCAUGGGCAGACGCCAACGAACAUCGGCAUGUCGUGAGGGUCAUAUCAUUGACGAGUCUGCUUGGUUGAGGAGUAAAAAAGUUGGUAGAAGGAUGCAAGCCGUGCGCAAGUGUAGCAUAACGUGCCC